AUGGCCCACUCGAGUCCUAACUGGCUAUACUACACACUCUCACCCCACAGGCGUAGGAGGAGGGGUUUUCAUCAUCCCGGUGCUAAGGCAUCUGACACCUCUGACACAACAGGCAUGCAACGCGACGUCAAUGCUGUCUGUGACCAUAUC